AUGACAGGAAUUGACGUUUUGGGUUUGAAAGAUCCAAACCCCGGUCUUUCAUACACGGCGUCUUAUGCGCACCCCUAUACUUCUUCGUCCGUCUCCUCUUCCGCAUCCUCCUCGUCCUCGUCGGUCUUCUCCCUGGAUGGCUUGUCCUCUCAGGGAUCUAUCUCCUCGACCUCGACGAAUUCGGUGGAUGUGAUUUGGGAGAAUGACGGAGAAUACCCGGCGGCAGGCCGAGGACUGCCCUCGUUGCACGGCCCGCGUGAGCGUGCUUGCUUUUUGAAGUCGCCGGUCCCCAAGCCCGCGGACGUCCCGGUGGCUCCGGAGUUACGUAAGCACCCUCGGCGCACGAGCUGCGUCCAGGCCAGCAACGGCACCACCACGUCCGCCCGGCCUCCGCCUUGUCUCAUGCGACAGUCGGAGCGGAAGGUGAACUUUGUCGACAACCUUGUCGACACCGCUUCGCAAAUCGUUGAGAUCAUCUGGCCCCUUUCGGCCGUCUCUCUUCGGAGUGACUCGACGACGGGGUGCAAGGGCGUUCUGCCUCUUCGCACCUUCAUCCAAGAGACGCUCCGUAGGUCUCGGACCAGCUACAGUACGUUGCAGGUUGCUCUGUAUUAUCUGAUCAAGAUCAAGCCGCACGUGCCUAGUCAUGACCUGACACAGGAUCAGACUCGCGGUAAACCUGUCAGCCGAGCCAUGCAAUGUGGCCGACGCAUGUUUCUUGCGGCUUUGAUCCUGGCCUCCAAGUACCUGCAGGACCGAAACUAUUCGGCCCGCGCCUGGAGCAAGAUUUCCGGUCUCAACACGCUCGAGAUCAACCAGAACGAGUUGAUGUUCUUGCAGGCCGUUGACUGGAAACUCCACAUUACCGAGGCCACCUUCCAGCGAUGGACCGACAUCGUCCUGAAGUAUACCCCCGGAGCCGGCGCGAUGGCUCUGGAAGGCUACUCUUGGCGCUCGGUGAUCCCGAGACUGACGCCCGACCUGGAAGAAGUGGACGUGGCUCCGAUGACUCCGCCGGCGAGCGUGGAGGGCUACGACGUCCGCUCCAUGGCGGACUCGCCGUCUCCCCGUAGCUCGUCGAUCAGAGGAGGAUACCCGUCCUACCUCGCGGGCGAACCAUGCGUCCUGCCCUCGCUGUCCGAGCGGAUUCCCGAGUCUCGGACGACUACUCCCACGGCGGUGGACUCCUUCAACCCGUCCCUGCCCUCGAUUCCGCGGCCGCCCUUGCUGCCGACCCCGCAGAUGACCCCCCAGUCGAGCAUGGCCACCACUCCUGCGGCGAGUGUUGGCUCCCAUCCUCCCCAACGACGGUACAUCUGUUCCGCUAUGUCUCAGGUGCAGAACAUGUGCAUGGCGCGGUCGACUCUCGACCAGCGCCCCUCGCUGCCGUUCUGCCCCAAGACUAGCAACGGUUCAUUUGAUGGUUACCCGACCAUGGUCCGUCGGUCUUCUCUGGCUCGCUCGACCUCGUCUGCGUCCUCUCCGGAUUCGAUGGUCUCGGACGUUUCCACCCUGUCCUCGCAGUCGUCGCGUUCGUCCUCCAUGUCAAGUGCGUCGGGCGUUACCCUGCCUCGCCUUGCGGUGCAGGCCGCGCUUCGGUCUACGAACAACAACAUGAAGGAAAACCGAAAGCCUCUGGCUAUCGCGUCACCCAUCGACGAGACGUCGCUGGCUGAUCUCUACCACUCGUCCCCCCUGGACAACUACGGCGUCCCAAACGCCGCCGUUCCCGAUCUGUCCAACUUUACGCUGGGCACUCCGGUUGACACCACUUCUGCCCACGAAGCGGCCCAGGGUCUCUGUGCGCUCUCCGGCGGCACCGCCGGAUCUCGCCAGCCUCACCAGGGCCGUAAGCGCGGCCGCGCCGGGUCUGAGGAUUUUCCGCUUCAAAAUCACGUUCGCCACCUGAUCCAUUCCAAAGCUGUUCGCCCCGGAACCAUCCUCCCUGAUGGGAAGAUGGCUGAUAUCUUUCUGAACACGGGUCCGCGGCGUUCGCAGUCUCUGACGGCCACGCAGUUGAAGGCCCUCAACUCGCAUGCACCGAUCUCCGGCCCCGUCGGUAUGAAACGGGCCUGCUGCGGCAGCGAAGCGAACAAGAUCGCGUUGAAUCCUACGAUGCGCGCUGAGUAUCUGGGCUAG